CUUUGAAUAGAGCCUUAACCUAUCAAGUCCUCUGUGAGGGAGCCGGACGGGUUGCUUCACAGCUGCCAGCAACCCGCUUCUGAUCCAGAAACCUGAAGUGGGCGUCCCUAAGCGCACGGUGCUCAGUCAGUUUGUCUCUUCGUGCCCUUCCUACCCUUCACUGCACAUGCUAGCCCUGGACGGAGAGAACCGAACAUCCCUGCCCAAUUCUGGAAUAGGUACGUCCGGGGUGUGGCUGUCCUUGGAGAGCAGCCUCAGGGGUGACCGCCAUCGAAGUCCCUGGAGGGCAGCCCUGGAACAGCGCUCCCGGCUCCAGCCACCAGUAGCUGCACGACGGCCUUUCGCGGGGCCGCCCUAGUGACGCUCCGUCUCUAGAGUUUACGGCGACCUCAGGCCUGGCGAAGACACAGGGGGGAGCUGCAGGACCCGGAGGCGCGCUGCGGCCGGCCCGUGAGCAGGGCGGGGCAGAUCUGGGCGGCCGCCUCCGCGCGUCCCACAGGGACCAUCCUCUCCGCUCCCGGCCUCAGUGCGCAGGGCGGGAGACGGGGCGCACCCCGGCCAGGCUCGCAUGGACCUCCCGCGCCGCUGGCUCUUUCGAAUGUUGCUGCUCGUCGCCACCAGCUCCGGGAUUCUCUUCAUGCUGUACUCCUCGGCGGGGCAGGGGUCCCCGGAGACCCAGGUUCCCGCCAGGAGCACCACGUCGCCUAGAGCAUUCUUUGAGCCCAAGGCACCGAAUUCGGAAAACAGAAAGAGCCCAUCCUGCCAACACUCGCUAUCCCUGGCCAUUCAGAAGGACCAUCGCUUCCGGGGCCUGUUUGACCUCUCCACCCCAGUGCUUCUGUGGGACGGCCUCUUCACCCAAGAGCUGUGGAAUAAUCUGAGUCAGCACAAAGUCCCCUACGGAUGGCAGGGGCUCUCCCGGAAAGUCAUUGCCUCUACCCUGACACUUCUGAAGGACCCAGAGAGCGCAGAGCUGUUUGGUGCCUCCGGGAAACUACCCCUGAGCUGUAUCAGCUGUGCCGUGGUGGGUAAUGGAGGAAUUCUGAAUGGGUCCCGGCAGGGUCAGAAAAUCGAUGCGCACGACUAUGUCUUCAGGCCUCACAUCUAUUUCGGACCGGAAACCUCUGCCAGUAAAUUCAAGCUCCUGCAUCCGGACUUCAUCGGCUACCUGACAGAAAGGUUUCUGAAAUCCAAGUUGAUCAACACACGUUUUGGAGACAUGUACAUGCCUAGCACAGGAGCGCUCAUAUUGCUGACAGCCCUGCACGCCUGUGACCAGGUUAGUGCCUACGGAUUCAUCACUAACAACUACCAGAAGUACUCAGACCACUAUUUCGAACGAGAGAAGAAACCACUGAUAUUCUACGCAAACCAUGAUCUGUCCCUGGAAGCUGCGCUAUGGCGAGAUCUGCACAACGCCGGCAUCCUCUGGCUGUACCAACGCUGACCCCAAAGUGUCCGAUGUCUGUGCUUCAAAAGCACUUUUCCUGACCUUUCAACCUUUGGAAGAAGCAAGACUCCCCUUGGCCCUCCGCUUCCCAACAGAGGGUAUUGAGACAAGACCCAUCCCAAUACCAGAGCCUGUUCAAUGCACGACACCGUCACGCGACAAGACAGCUCUUCCGAGUCUUAGCCAAGGGAAGGCAGACUGCUUUGUAGGAUCUGUUGUAAACGGAACAUACUCUCCCCAUAUGAGACAGUGACCCUCACCAGCAAAGAGGCAGGCACAUUUCAGAGCUAAGUAGUUCAAAGCCAGCACCUGGUCUGGAGCGACUAGAAACAUUAAUGGAACCCCUCAGUGGUAUCCAGUGACCAGUGGAGCAGACACCCGCCCCAGCUGAAACCAAUGGCAGGUUGCGUCCCAAAUGCCAAAGCCAUUCAACCUAGGACACAUUACGAGUUUCUAAGAACAUGACCCUCCUGCCCCCCCCCCCAACCUCCGAGAGAGGAUGAGAACCAGAGGCAGAAUGUAGUUUGAGGGUAGAUAAUAGGGUAAGUGAUGGAUGACCAUUUUGUCUUUUGUGUGUGUUGGUAGAGUAGAAGACACAAACUGCAAGGUGGUAUGUCUGGUGGGAAGGGCUGUGGUGGCACUCAGGACAGACUUGGUGGCUCAUGCACCAAGACCCAAGGCUAUGGGCACCUAGCACCACAGCUGGGAGGUUGUGGCAUCUGACCACCUUGCGCAUAAGUCGUCACCGCUGAGAGCUGCUGGAGUGGACCUUGUCACCAACAGGAAACUAGUGACAGGCCCUCACCUCACAGCUUCAAUAAACAGCACCUGAUACAGUCCAA